AUGAAUUUGAAAUUAUUAUUUUUGUUCGUUUUUAUUGCUGUGAUAGCUUUUAGCUUUGCUGAAGCUAAAAAGAAACAUGGUGGUGGAAAUAAUCAUGGUGGUGGUCAUGGUGGUGCCCAUGGUGGUACCCAUGGUGGUAACCAUGGUUUAGGAAAACAAGGUCAUGGUCAAGGUCAUGGUCAAGGUCAUGGUCAAGGUCAUGGCCAAGGUGGUCAUGGUCAUGGUGGUCAUGGUGGUGGUCAUGGCAACGGUGGACAUGGAGGUCACCAUCCCCAUCCAAAAUCCGGUGGAGGUAACCAUCACAAACCUGGAGGAACUGGAGGUCACAAUACCCAUGGACCUCAUGAUGGAACUCAUAAUGGACCUACAGGACCUAAAACAACUACCUUUAAGAAAUAA